CAUCAUCAUCAUCAUCAUCAUCAUCAUCAUGAUCAAACCUUAUUGCCCCCAGUGGGGCAUGGGGCCGCAAAUCGUCGGCAAGUCUAAAGUGGUCUUGUUUUAUCUCGAGUCGCGCCAUUUUGGAGAGUGAACAUCAAGCUUUUAACACGAUAGCUCCGGAGGGACAAUGGAUUUGAGCGUUAACAGUUUGUAAGGAACCUCUGAAAGAUGCCAGAAUCGUGCUGAACGUUCUCGUCACCAGAGCUGCGCGAUUCCUUCAGUCGGCGUCUAGGCACUUAGUCUGGGGAGAAGAAUGGACAUUCUUUCUAUUCUGAGUUGUUCACGCCAUCAUCUAAAACAAAACCUUAUUUGAAGUCGUUUUUAAUUACCGUUCGUGUUUCGUGUGUCUCAGGUUUCUUCCCUUGCUUUCUCAAAAAUGAAUUCAUGCUCGCAAUGUGUUGGUUAUUCCAUGAGGUUCGUUUUUGAAUUUCCUUGAAUUGUCAUGCGAACGUAUGGGAGCCAGUCUUCAAGCUAGUCAGAGCUGUCUUUGUUACUCAAGGCCAAAGUAACCUUAGAAACGAUUACAGCGGUUUUCUGAUGACUGUUGUGAUAUCGGUUAAGGCAAUGACACCUUACCAAUCAAAGCAAAUGCAAAUAACAAUAAACCAAUGAGAACUCGAGGCCAUAACAUGUAAAGAGUGCCUUGCGCGGGAAAACGUGCAACCGGUGCCUAGCGCGGGAAAACGCGCGGAUGUGUUUGGUUUUGUUCCCGAUUGGCAUGGUUAAGAAAACGAAGUUUGUUUUGAUAGGUUGAAGUCUGUUGCACUACACGUUUUGGACUAGUUUUGACAAUGGAUGAAAACCGCUGGGUUGUAUACAUGUUGUCAUACUUAGACGUCAUAUUGAUGGACAAUCUGCUCUCAGUUUUUUCCAAAUAAGUGUUUACGUUUCUUUUUUUCUCAAGACUCCUGUCAACUAGAAAUAAGUGUAAGUUUAAGAAAAAAUAAAAUUAUAUGGCUAAAGAAACACGGAGAUAUUUUAUUGCGUUGCAUUUCUGUGCAAUAACCUAUUACGUUGUUUUCAGCGAGUAUUUUUAAAUUAUUGUAUUAAGUUAACACCAAGAGGACAUUCCUUCACUGGCAUUUGCUAGCGUUAGAUUCUAAUAUCUACCGUCAUAUAUUCUCGAAAGAAUCCUUUCUAGUACAUCCAUGGUUUCGUUAUUUGCACACGAAGCUCUCAUUGUGUCGCUAAUAGCGACACUCGUUUCACUGGCUGGUUAGAGGUGCUAGGUAGACUCUUAUUUCAAAGGCGGAAUCAACCGAUUGCAAUUAUUUUACAAUAGUGUGAAUGCGGACAGAGAGGACUCUUCACAUAAAGGCAUUGUGUCCUGCAAUUGAAUGUUUCUCUUGUUUGAAGUCACCUUUGCCACCUGCCGUUUACAGAUAAAUAAUUUAUGGUAGCCAAGUUGCUCUAAUUCCGCCGAAAAUGUCGCUGCUAAGUUAGGAAAGCGUAGCUUAUGGACCUUCCUUAACCUGUAAAUACCUUUCAGUACCUUUCGCAGUGUUUCGUCAAUAAAUACAAAUUCCAGUCGUUCGUCCUCAGAGCCUCGAAACCCGGCGUGCACAUGCUUACUUGUAAGUUUUGAAAACAAGAUUAAGGAGGAUUAUGUUGUGAAACACUUCAAAGAAAACCACCGAAACUUUUUCGCGCUUGCUCCUUUGUCAACGUUCUUGAAGUACGGUGACAAUUUUAAAAAUUGCCAAUUUAUUUUUAAAAGCGCUCACGAGCAAAUCUUCCUUUGUUUUCUCUUCCUAUCAAGUAAUGCACCAAUCAAUAAAUGAAACACACCACUUGAGGAUCAUUGGUUUCAAGUGAAGUUUGGGAAAACAAAGCGUCCAGAUAUCUUGGUGUCGAAACUAAUUUUGUGCCGUUUUUAAUCUUGUGUAAUGACGUUUGACUUGCAUGACAGUUAAUUCCUGGAAAUUAAUAAUUUAAGAUCUUUGUGGUAUAAUUCAAACAGAAUAACUUUAAAUGUCUUUCGUCAGCAAGAAGAUUGCCUUGCACUGUCAGAACUCAAAUUUUCGCCUAGAAAAGAGAUACGCUUCUUCACGGCUGCUGGUUAAAUUGAUUUCUUUGAAGCUGUUAAUGUUUUGUCUUGUUAAGUGAAUAAUUCACUGGCUAACAUUGUAAGUAGCUGAAAUCUUCAGAAAGAAUCUAUAAAUGACAUCGAAUAUUUCAGCGAAUUUCACCAACACUUCAGAAGUACUCGAACACCCAACACUUUCAGCCAGAAUUGUCAGUGGACUUACUCUCGCUGUAAUCGGCCUGACUGGUGGAUUUGGCAACUCGAGGGUCCUUUUUACUUUCGUCAAGAUGCCAACCUUGUUUAGCAAGACCACAAGACUUAUUUUGAUGGCCCUGGCCUCCGUUGAUCUAACUGGAUAUCUUGUAAAUAUUCCUCUGGCGUUUGCCUCACUAGUAAUUCGUGCUAAUCCCGAUAAACUCUACACCGCAUCGCUUGCGCGUAUCAUGGUGACAUACUGUCUGCUGUGAUGCAGCUAUUUCUGUUUUGUCUUAAUCGGCUGUGACAUGAAUGAUACUUUUAGAAAGAUGACAAGGCGUGGAACGCUUCUUACAGUGCGGCGAAUUCAAGCUGCGUUGGUCCUCUUGUUAGUUUCGACGUUGGGCGUUGGCAUUUUUGUUCACUCUUUGCGCGAGAAAGAUCCGUUUGUCCUUCAAGCGCGACAGUCAUCGGGCGCAAAAUACAAUUUUGGGGUCAUCCUGAAAAUAGCAGUUUUUGUCGCCGGGAUGCUGUCGUUUUUGUCCAUUGUACACUCGUUUCAACGCUUACAAGCCAUUCUUAAGCGGCAUAACAGAGUAAUGAGCGAGCUUCAUGGUUUAAAUCGGCGAUCAGAUAAAACAGAAGAAAUGUUCGCGUGUUUCAUUGUAGGGUACAUUCCACUGUUUGCGGUGAAUAUUCUGCAACAUCAGGGAAAAUUGCAUUCAAUGGAUCCUAUUGCUGUGACCAAAGCGAUAUUUUUAAUGACCUAUGCGACAAAUUUUUUAGUUUACGGGCGAAAUUUACGAGUUUUCUUUCGAACAUUUUGCUCUGUUUGUUGUCCUUGUCUGAGACAGGAGUCUCACUCGAGGGGUCCCUCGAGAGUCAUUGACCUUAAAAAUUUAAAACGUACAAACUGCGAGAUGGUAUGUCCUUGCCAGAAUCAGCUUCAGGUGGAAAAGAAAAACAAACAAAAGAAAAACGGAACCGCAUGGACACAAGAAAAUAUUUAAGUUGCAUCGCUUUAUCUCUCUUGGUCUUAGCACAAUAAGUAUCGACAUAAGUGGCUUCAGGGUUAGUUUGCAAGGUGCUAACAAUACAUCGCGUUACAUAGCAACCCACUGACCAAAAAAAAAGUCGACUGUGGGCCCAGUCAGUUCCUGUAUGUCUUCGUAGCGGUCAAAUGCAAAAAUGCAACACCACUUCCGGAUUUCGUGGCCUCAAAGUUUGGAAGAGACUUUUGUUAGAAAACGUUCUAGCAGCGGUAAAUCCAAUUGCAGUUCACAAUAAUUACAUUCUUUAAGCAUAUGCGGCGUACUAUACUAAGGUAAACUUUCCAGCAGCAGUCUUCACUUUAGGCUUGAAGGAUUUCGAAAAUUUGAAAUGUUAAAGGACGGAAGGCGAGAACGAUGUGGUAAAUGCGCACGCGCAAUGCAUUUGAGCGCUGUGGACUGCGUGUCCAUAUUCUAUUGCCGUAAGUACGCGUGCAAACAAAUGUUUUAGCGAUCGGGAACUGGGCCAAUAGUAAGCAACAGAAAGCGCGCGAAACAGAACGUUAAAUCAAACACCGAGGGAAAUUUGAAAACCUGUUACCUGUCAAUAGUCCAUACUCCAUUAGUUUUAUUCGAAUGUUACGUCGACUUAAAUGCUGACGUUUUCGCACGUAAUAAACGAAUCCAAGGCAACAAGAAGUUUGUUCAUUUUGGAAACUUGUUGACACGGUUUGUGCGCGUUGCAAACAGCAGUUGUACAACACAUAUUUCUGAGGUUAUUUUUAUACAUUGUUAUCAGAGUUUGACUACGCAAGAUGUGCGGGUCGCUACUGUCAAAGUUUAAAUCUGCAAACAAGAUCGAUCCAGCAAUGAUGAUUUUUACGGAGCCGCGACAAGCCGCGAGUAAAAUGGAGCUUGCCAACCAAGACGCGGCAUGUUUUCAGGACCGAGAGUUCUGGAAAGACGAAGAACAACAGGGUGAAUCCAGUGUCCAUUCUUUGGCGGCAGUCCGGAGCAAAAGUUCACUCAGCGAGGACAGUUCAAGCCAGUCUGAUGAUUCCUCGCAAGAGGAAAUAGAAGCUGCCAUGCGCGCAUUGGCCAACGAAAGAGUCAGUGCGCCACCCGUGCGAAGCAAUAGGAAUAACAGGCUUCGCGCUGCAGACCGUAAUCGGCAACUAGUGGAUACUGCGUUUGAAAUCCUCGCAUUCCAAGCUUAUGGCAAUUCUUCAAGUUCCAAUACUGUCCGCGCUGUUCAGCCACUCAGCUCAACUGACUCCACAAAGGUGCAAACCGCAGUCGCUUUCGACAUUCCUGUUGGAGAGAAGAAGACGGUCUACCCACCUGCUAGAGUUCCUCGACGGUUUAGAAAGCGGAAGGUGGCGCCUGAACACACUUUGGAGGAUAUGAAAGAGAAAAUGCGCGCUGCUGAGGAGAGGAAACUAAAGGAAUUACAGCGCAUCCGAGAGUGCGCGCGCAGCAGGGCUGGAGUUAGUCGACCACACCCCGCGGAGACGUCCGCCCAAGCUACUGCAGCCAAAAUUGCAGCUAAGCAGGCGGCAGCCGACAGCAAGCGGAAUGAGGAGAUGGAGAAGAAGAAACAAGCAGGGAACAGAGCGUCACGGAAUAGAAGCAGGAUUGCCGCGGCUCAAGCCUUUGCUAAGACGCAACUUCAGUCCUCUACUAAACGGAAGGUGGACGAGACCGAGAAAAGAAAGCAGGAACGUCAGCAGAAGAUUGACAAACAGAAUAAACUGCGAGGAAAAUACGCCAAGAAAAUCAAAGACAGAGUAAGAUUUCUUCAAUGUUACUUUUUAGUCAGGAAUUGUCCAAAUAGCUAAUCUGCGAAUAUUUUGUUUUAGAUCCGUUAUGAUGUGUGACUCAGGAAUAAAAUGUGAAUGUUAACUUACAAUUUAGAUGUCUAUUUUUCAACCCGACCAUCUAUUUCAAACUGAAACGUCAAGGUACUUUUCUUGAAAUGUUUUCUUUCAAUUUGUAGAUGGCACGAAGGCUAAAAGAGGAGGAAGACGAAAUCCGCGCUGAUCUUCAAGAAUUAGAAACCUACCACGCGUCAGACGACAGCGAUAGCGAGUCCUGGGGAGACAAGCAAGAGAAGGCUGUCGUGUACGAGUGGGAGGAUUUCUUCACUGAUUAGAGUGUUCCAGUGGCGGAUCCAGGGGGCGCAAAACGUUUCUCAACCCCUCUCCCACCCCUAUCACCCUAUACCCCAUAUUACCCUCCCCAUUAAACACCUCUGGAUCCGUCACUGCAUUUCUGUUUCUUCCGACUCGUCAACUGAAAUGACGUUUGAAACAUUGUUUCAUUUGUAUUAUUCUCAAGGAUAUUUUGUAAUCAGAGAAAUUCAAAAAAAGGAGUUUCCACUUUCCUGUUUUGAUGGAGAUAUGAACUUAACUUUUCGCUCGUGUUUACUUGUCCGUUUGGCCUCUAUAAUGUUUUGCUUCACUGUAGACGGUGGCAAACAAUAACUGACACUCUCAUCGCAAAAACUGGCCAGAAAAUAUUGGAAAUCUCAUUGCUAAUCUUGACAUCAUCUUGUUUGUACCUUUGGGUUUACUAACUUUAAAGUUCAAGUCCCAUUGAAUAAAAAGAAAAAAUCAUCUCUUCUUGAGAUGUUCUAAAGGCUCACUCAGGUUUCACAGUCUGCACACAAUUUUAUCAUAGCUGGCAUAUACUCCAAUGUAAGUGAUUGUUCAUUGUAAGAAGUGGAAAUGUUUCUCGCGCCUCUCAAUCCGCGAUACGCCAUUUUCGAGUUGCCUUUUGCCUCUGUUUCAAUUCGA